CUGCGUAGACAGGAGUUCUGGGGCCUCUGGGUGUGUUUUUUUUAUCAAAGAGUAGUCAAUUGUUAUUGGAGAACUCGUAUCUUCUUGUUGGCGUGUUCGAGGGGUCAUUCAUCUUGUUUCAACUGCUGUGUUGGGUUCAUAGGUGAGAUAUGGAGGCUGCCGGCAGUUCGGGGCAGCAUGAUGAGUGGAAAAAGAGGGCAUUUUUGGGGCCUCUUCCUCCAGGGUUUCUGAGGCUGGAGGAACACUUGACACCCCAACAGCAACAGGAGGCUGCUGAUCAACAAGCCGCCCUUGCACUGCAACAACUUCAAGGAGUACCAGCUGCUGCUGCUCCUGGCUUGGGGAGACUCAGUAUUACUAUUGUCCAGGCGAAAUUAGUUAAAAAUUACGGUAUGACGAGGAUGGAUCCAUACGUGAGAUUGCGAGUUGGUCACGCGAUUUACGAGACCCAGACUGCAACCAAUGGAGGGAAAAUUCCACACUGGAAUAAAGUCAUUCAGUGUUGGCUACCAGCUGGUGUGGACAGGAUAUACGUGGAGAUUUACGAUGAGUGUUCUUUCACGAUGGACGAGUUGAUUGCCUGGGGACACAUAGAAAUUCCGCCGCAGGUCAUCCAGAGGGGUGAGACCCACGAGGAUUGGUACAUGCUGAGUGGAAAACAGGGUGAUAAUCAAGAGGGCAUGAUUGAUUUAGUCUUCAGCUACACGACUAAAUGUCAGCCCUACAUGACUGGUCCUCCAAUGGUGAUGGUACCGAAUGCCACAUCAAACCUGAUGUUUGGAAUGCCAGGAUAUUCUCCGGUCAAUGUUUACACAGCACCACCAGUGGCUGCAGUUCAACAGCCCACCGUUGUUGCUAGUGCCAGGCCAGAAGCAGAGACUGAAUUGCAGCAGAUCGCUGAAAUGUUCCCAAACGUUGACAAAGAGGUGAUAAAAUCCGUGUACGAUGCCAACAACGGUAAGAAAGACACCACCAUAAACUCGCUACUUCAAAUGUGCGAAUAAUUAUCAUUCCUAAACGGCGUAAAAAAAAUUCUAAUCUCCAGAACUAUUUGUAUUUUCUUCAAAACAGAGCAAAUGUAUCCUAUAUUAAUGAUGUAAUAUAUUUGUAAAUUAUGAAACGCAUCGUUGAUGUUUUGUGGAUAACUGUGAAGUGAAAGAAGCGUUUUUGCAUUUCCAAGUCAUGAAAAUCCGCAUUAAAUUUAUUUUUAAUCAACUUAAACGUAAAUAGCAAAAGACUCCUCGAUUUUUUUCCACGCCAAUAACCCAUAAUGCACGUGACUGUCAUUAUAAAUCCUUUAUUACAAAAUAUUCAAAAGGAAAUUAAACAAACCAGUUUACAAAGUGCAUGUAUAUCAACACUUUUUCCAAUCCUGAACGAAAAAAAUAUACCAUUUCACCUGGAAUGUAAUCUAAUUCUAUAAAAAUGUUUCAUUCAA